UCCCACGUUCUCCCAUUCUGACAUCUCCUCCACAGCUUGUCAACUUUCUUCCACAGACGUUACCACAAACAAUUGUACAGUGAACACUGCAUUCCUGUAGCCUACUUCUUUGCUCAUGACACCCCACGCCACAGAAGACUCUAAAUCUCCCAAAUCCAACAUGAGCAACGAUAGCGCCCCUCUCACUAACGGCGAGACGCCGCACUCCAAGUCGUUCUCGCAUCUCAAGACCUACCCUGCCUUCAACGACACAUACGAGGGAUUCAAGAACACCAACAUCGGCGCUAGUACACUCAACAUUGCAUCCAGCACGUACAACCGCUUCGUCGCCCCCUUCCACCCCUACUUGCAACGCCCGUACAGCGUGGCGCACCCGUACUUGACCCGCGCCGACGAGCUCGGUGACACCGGCCUCUCCAAGCUCGAGACAUAUGUCCCCGUCGUCAAGGAGGACACCCAGGUCCUCAAGAAGUAUGCCUUUGCGCCGUACAACUACGUAGCGGGCACCUGGCAAGAGCAGUACGAGCGCACGUCGCACCAGAACGGGCUCGUCAAGACUGGCCUUGCGGUCGUUAGUACCGAGCUCAAGAUCUUCCAGGACGCUUGCACCGUCUUCCUCGACUACUGGAACAGCUCCAAGGGCGGCCAGAAGGUCAACGAGAAGGUGGAGCAGGUGAAGCAGUAGUGUGCGGACCAGUGGUUCGAGUUCCGCAAGCGAAAAGGAGAAGAGUCUGCGGCGGUCGACAUUAUGCUUUUCAACGCAGAAUAUCUGCCGGGUAAAGAUGGUUUGAGGACACCAAAACGUCCUGUUCUAACCUUGUCCGAAACUCCAGAGGCGGUGCUUUGUGUCAGUGCUGGUGCGCAUCCUGCAGAUGUUCUAAAGGUGCAAGAAGAGAUGUCAGAAGCUGAGAGGCGUCCCUUUCUUGAUGAAGUCAAUGCUCGCCUGCAAAAAGAGCUUGCGGACAGGGCUGAUGAAAUAGCAAUUGCGAAUGAGGCGGACCGCAGUCCACCUUAGUCCUUUUGGCUUACUUUUCUUUUCCAGUAUAGAUACCUUUCUUUCAUAAUUUCUCUCGGGUGGGCAAACAGUCUUGUAAUCAGUGUCAUGUUUGGGUCAAAGCGAGCGCGGAUCAAAUGAAUCAUGCCAAUAUCCUUCCAAUCAAACAAGUUCUCCACAA